CGAAACCCUAGCCGCUCUGGGGUUCCCCUGUUUCCUCCGCUACACCUUCUUCCUCAAGGCAAUUCUCCGGCGCCUGGAUGGGGCCUCCGCCUCCUUUAGGUGGCUCUUCCCAAUCAUGUUCUGACCAAGUGGUUUCUUCUUCCAAAAAGGAGAACUGUACGCUGACAGUAGCUGAUGGUUCGGCCUCCGCUUUGCAAUCCAAACCAGAGUUUGUUGUUACGGAUGGUGUUGCUCGGAUCUCGAUUCCUGAUGAACUCAUUGCUGAUGCUCUCCCGUUGUGGAAGAAUUUUGUGAUCGGACACUUCAUGGGAGAUGUCCCUCAUGUGGGUUCGAUACACGCCACGGUUAAUCGUAUCUGGACAAUUUUGGAGAAGACAUCCAAGAUUGAUGUUCAAGUCAUAAACAAAACAUCUGUCCUGUUCCGUAUAGUGAAUCCUAAGAUUCGAGAACGUGUUCUGAAAAGAAAAUAUUGGCAUAUAGCCGAUAUUCCUCUUGUUGUUAGUGAGUGGAAUCCAGAAGCGUCACAGGCGCCACCGGAUCUCUCGGCUAUGCCUAUGUGGGUUGACUUACGGGGUGUACCGGGAAAUCUUUUCUCACACCAGGGUCUUGAGCUACUGUCAAGUACAGUGGGAAAGUUUGUGAAGCUGCACCCAAAUACAGAGCGAUGCAUAAGGUUGGAUGUGGCAAGAGUUCUAGUGGAAGUGAAUUUGCAGGCUCCUUUAACGGAAACUAUAAGUUUCGCGAAUGAGAAAGGAGAGGAGAUUCUGGUUCCUGUUAGCUAUCCGUGGUUACCUCCAAAGUGUAAGCUGUGCUCUCAUUGGGGUCACAAGGAGAAGGAUUGUACUGCUUUUGACAAGAUUCAGAUUGUUUCGGCAACACAACCUACUGGACCUAAGAAGGUACAAGGUGACGAGGUGGUAGAUUCCGCUACAGUGAAGGAGUUGGCUCAGAGUCUUUUGCAGGAUCUGGCACUAACUCCAACGCUGCACUUACCUCCUAUAGUGGCUGGUGAUAAAGUUGACACACCUACACAAAACCAAUCUGCUCUUCCACAAGAGAACCAAUUGACUCUAGUGAAGAGUAAGAAUCGAAGUUCAUCUCCAGUACUCAAAGGUAAGGGUGUGGAACCUCCAACCAUCCCUGCCUCGCUAACGGGUUUUCGAGUUCUGCAGAACGAGGGAGAUGAUGAGAAUGGAGGAGACUCAGAACUUUUGAAUCAGAACUUAAUGUUAUCGCCGAAAAUCAGAGUAACAGAAGCACAAACGACUGUGAAUGGGAUAGCUGGUGACAAAGAAGACGGAGAAAUCGAUGAAACAGAGGAGGAUACCAACGCAAGUUUGGAUCAAGUGAGAACUGGGAAGGGGGAAAAACAGGAAUCUGCUUCUUCUCUUGCGGACCAGACCAUGGAUAAAGUGCCAAAAAUAAACAUGGGUCGCAGUCGUAGUCGAUCCCGUGGACCACCUAAGCCAAUAACGCAGAGAAAAGAAGUCAGAGUGAAAGGAUCAAAGAAUACUUCCUCACGGAAGUGAUGACGCUUUGAAGGAUUUGAGUCCUUCAUCUACUCUAGAACGAUUGACUAACGUUAGUAGUUUCUAUUUGGUGUUUGUCUAAAGUAUUAAUUUUUCUAUUAUUAAAUUGGAUUUAGUGUU